AUGUUGGAGGCUAGAACUUUGCUAUACUGGUUGGUGUUGACAGUUGUUGUUCCAUACACUGUCACGCUAAUUGUGGCGAACUUGGUUCCAGGAGUUAGGGUCGGGUCUAUUGGAUGGUUUACCGUGAGAGGAGUAGAGAUCGCUAAGACGAACAAGAAGAUCAAAAUAGGUAAGUUGAAACUUCGGGUAUCAACAUUCUUUGGGAGAUCCAAGGACCUGAAAUCUCUAAAGAUCCUCAUAGAAGAUCUAAGCAUUGAAUUGAGUCCCAGAGAGAGCACCAAGGCAACAGAAAUAGUGCCACCGGUAGCAUCAUCACCACCAACUGCUAAGCUCAACUCUUCUGUUUCUCUACCAAAAUGGGUGUUUGAGUCUUCUCUCAUCCGUGGAAUUGCAUGCUACAUUCAAUUUGAAGUGGUAAAUUGUACAUUGAUUCAACUUCAAAACAAUUCUUCUACUGCUAUUGAUGCCUAUGUCGAAAAGAUGCAUGCUUCUUUCAAUAUCGCCUCGUAUUCCGAAGGAACUGUUCUGUUAGCAUUCAGAGGUGCUGUACUUAAACAUCUUUACCAACCAUUGAAAGAGUGUCCCAAGAUUAAUGGUGGUUCAUUGGUGUUUCGGUUCUUCUUAUCAUAUUCGUGUCAAAUGAAGAACCCUAACGUUAUGGACUUGUCUAUUGACCAGAUUGAAAUCAAAUCAUCUUUGAGCAAUGCCAUAAUUAGCCUUGAUGAAAUAUUACCUUCAUUGAAGAAGGCAAAGGAAUUGAAGACGAUAACCAAAAGUAAAACCAAAGUGGAAAACUCGCUGGCUGCUGGUACCGAUCUUACAGGGUUGAAACCUUUAAUAACCAGCAUUUCAGGGAAGAUAAAGUCAUUUGGUUUCCGGUUGGAGGAUUUCCAAUUGAAAUAUAAAUCAAUAGUGGCUCUGUUUGGUAAUAUCCAAACCCUUGUUGAAGGUGAUGAUUUUGGGACCAUAAUUGAUAAAACUAAAGUUACACUUUUUGGAACUGCUUUUAGAGUGAAACACCUUGAAUACACUUGUGUCGAGUUACCUUCAGUUACCUUCCAAGUGGCGUCAUCUUUCUCCGAUCUUGUUGAUCUUGCACUUUCCCCUAAAAACUGCAAAGAUUUGUGCAUUAGUACAAGAUUAAGUUUGACAACUCCUCAAUUGAAUAUUUAUUACGAUCAAAUUGAAUUAUUGGUCAAUGAAAGAAUUGCUUCAUUUGCAUCAAUUUCUUCUUCUUCAAAGAAAGAUAAAAAGCCUUCCAAAUCGAAAACCAUGGUUUUGGAAUUUCUUCGUCAGUUCCAAAGAGUUACCUUUAAGUUAAAUAUAUUGGAAUUUGAAAUUUCGGUGCACUUGCCUCGAACUAAAGAUGCAACGAACUAUUCCAGAACUAAUCCUCAGAACCUCAUUGUUAAGCAUAGAGCUCUGACGAUUUAUCACAAGUUUUCAAGUUCAAACUUGAAUAAAGAUAUCGAAAAGGCCAUUGCUGAGAAACGGACCUUAAACUAUCUUUUUAGAGCGAAACGUUGGAGAACAGAUAUCGAGGGGAAUACCAUUAAUGUUUCCAAGUUAAACUUAAUAGUUCAUUAUGAUGUUGUUAAGAAUUCCCUUUAUAUCAAAACCGUUGCCAAAACGAUGCUUGUCAACUCAAUUAAUAAUCUUAUAUUCUUUCUAAUCCACGAGUCAAGAAAUAGAAAAGUGAGAAUCCAGAAUAGGAAGUAUGAACACUUACGGAGACUCGGACUCAAGAGCAGCACGAGUGAAGAGACCUUGGGAAUCAAAGACUGUCAUAAUAAUGAUGUUAGUAAUGAUAACCUGAAUAUCUCAGAUCAAGUCGAGCACUUGAAACUUUUUGAGAUCUUACCUUCAUUUGUUUCAAGAAUAGGAAUCCAAGUUUCAAGUAUCAGCUUUGAUAUUUCUUUCAAAGACAAUUUACCUUCAUAUUUAAUGAACGAUGACCUUUUAGGAGUUGAGGUUGAUAUGGGAGACUUUAGACGUGGAAGCUCAUACAAAUUAAAUGACUUAUCUCUCACUUACAACAAGAAAAGAAGCAUAUUUGAUUUCUCCAUUGGCUCCUUCAACAACUAUACCCUUAGUGAUUUUGCUACAGAAUAUGUGGCAGACUUUGACCAAAUCGAAAAACGAAACGAUCAUCGAGACUACAGUGAUGUUUCAACAUUAGAUUCAGCUUUCUCCACCGAAUAUGAAGAGAAUGCAGAAGAAGGUGUGCUGAUGUCUAAUAAGAUCAAGCGGGUACUUGUGAUUCAAGACAUAUCUUUUAGAAACUCCCACGAAGAUCCAGAUAAACUUGUGGGUCGAAUCCCUGAAAUCGACGGGAGAGUCGAUAUGUUUCUCUGUUGGUGUGUGCUUUAUGCAAAGUCAAUGAUUGAAUACUUUGCUCCCACAGAGAAGAGCGUAUGUUCCAAAGAGAAGUUGCAGAGAAUGAGUGGGAAAAGACCCAAAAAGUUAAAUCUUUCAGUUUCCGUAGAUUCUACUGCCAUCGUGGUGAGAUUGCCUCAUAAAGUUGACGUUAUGAUUGAACUUGAUGAUCUAAGGAUGGAAGAUAUAUUAUUAUCAUCAACUUUAAACCUCAAGUUUUGUCGUUUAUAUGUUAUUCAUCCUGCUACUAAAUUGUGGACCAGAUUAUUGGUGAUUUCCGAACCCAGCUUCCAUUUUGGGAAAGCGCAAAAUGAAUCUAUUACUUAUCCUAAGUUUGAAAUUAUUGCAAAUUACAUCAAGUUAUCCAUUCCCUACCAAUUUGCACUUUACACAGUCAUUGAUAAUUUCAUUACUUUUUUCAAAGCUCAACGACAAGUACUUCAUAACUUCCAUGAGUUGAAAAUUAAAGGAAAUGAUUUCUCCAAGCUUCUACCUACAGAAAAGCCUCCUGUUUUAAUGCCACAGCUUAAUAUCAAAUCGAAGAUCUUGGGACUCAAAAUUGAGAAUGAUCCUUUUGAAAAUGAAUUAUCAUACAUCUUUGAGCUUGGGUUGGUUGAACAGAGAGAAAGAAUCCAAAAGUAUAAAUAUUUGGAAGAAAGAAUUGAGGCUAUCAACAGCAAAACAAUGCCUACCAUUGAUGAACUGGCAGAAUUGACUUAUAGUGACGAGAAACAGGACCAAUCUAACAUUUUUGGACGGCUUGCCUCUCCUAAACCUUCAGCAUCUGAAAAGUGCCAGAUAAGGAGACUUUUCCUUAGCCAUACAACUGUUCCUAAUUGGAAGAACAAAACCUCUUCGACGACGACGAAGACCUCAAAUGGUGCACAUCUUGAGGAGGCUCCCGUUCUUUUAGAUGAAGAGAACUAUUAUACCAAGGAAGAAGCCGACUCUCUCAUAGAUAAAGUAACUGACCAACUUAAUAGAGAGUUAUCCAGUUCUUGGGUUCUCAAAUACAAGAAGUUCAGACAGGAGGCUAUUAAUAGAUGGAACUUUAGAACUGAACAGAACUGGGGGUCGGAUGACAUUAAUCACAUUAUAAAGAAUAAAUUUGAUAUUCUUGAUUAUGCAGAGGGUCCUCCAUUAUUUGGAGCUGGAACUCGAAAUCUAGAUUUGACAAUUGAUAGGGCCAAAGUUGAUGUGGAAAAGUUUCUAGAGACCCAUCAGAAGCAACCUAAACUUAUUUAUUCGAUUUUGGUUCCCUUAUAUGUCAAGUUACGAAGUUCUGAUUUUUAUGUAUUUUUAAAGGACUAUCACUUGCCUGUGGUUGCAUUUCCAGCUCAUCUGAAUCCCAAUAUCAAAGCUGUUAAUGUGGAGGGUACCAUAAUUGUCAACGAAAGGUUAGUUAGUCGGAAGGAAGAAAUGAGGUACAUUUACGUACCAUUUUCACCAGCUGCAAAGGUGCCUUCAUCUGUUUUUGAAGAUAGUUUUUAUUCAUGUUUUAUUCCCAGAACAUUGAUGCCUGUUAAAAUGGCAUAUGAUUUAAAAUGGAAAUUAGAUACUGAUAAAUCUUGUUUGAUUGCUUGGAAUAAAUCUUAUCUGCCAGCAUUACUGGCAAGUAUGACAGCGUUAGACAAUUUCACCAAGCCUCCAAUUGAUGAUAGUCCGCUUGGUUGGUGGGACAAACUUCCUUUGAUUAUGCACGGGAAAGUGGUGGUUGACGUGGCCAAUGAGCUUUGUCUUCAUAUCAAGAGUUCUACCAGUCCAUAUGAUUUGGUUGGUAAAUCUACUGGGUUUGUGUUUUCUUGGAGAAGUAAUGUCAAACUUGGAAUUAAUACCACUGGUAAAAGUGAAGAGCUUAUUACUCUUGAAAGUGACGAUUUCCUUUUAGCAGUUCCUAAUUAUUCCAACCAAGAAAGAAAAGCCUGGAGCUUCUUUUUUGAAGAUGAUGAACAACCAAUGGACAUUGAAGCGGAAGCAAGGAAAUUUGCUAAAAGAGUAAUCACUCUUACAUCUGCUGAAAGAGUAGUUUGGAAACUUGGAUUUACUUUUGAAAGAAAUAAAGAUAAAUCAGACAUGCUCUGUGAUAACCAAGAAAGAACCUCCCAAUUUAGACCUCAUUAUGAUGUUACUGUUACUAAUCCACUUUUUGAGUACCAUCCUGAUUCCUAUGAAGGUUAUCGAUCAGACUACCUCCAUCUUGCAUUCACGGUUAUUUCCAGGAGUCAAACGGGGAAUAGUCACAAUUCGGUAUACUUUUCUCCGCUAGUAUUUGAAUACUUUUUCAAUUGGUGGGAUACUAUGACUAAAUGGACAUCGUUACCGGUUAAAAAGGGGAAACUCUUUAGUGAUAUUCCUACCAUGAAACAUGUGAAGUUGGGUACUCAUUUGUUCACUGUGAAAUAUCAAAUCAUCUUUGAACCAUUGACUGUUUCCCACAUGUACAUGCAUUCAGAUCCAAAGAAUAAUACCAUUGCCUUCACUGGUUUGAAGGGGAAGAGUUCAAAAUGUGUCAUUGAUUUACACCAAAGGAAAGAACUUCUUACUUAUGUUAACGAGAAACUCAACAUCCAUUCCAAGUCGAUGCACUUGAAAAUGAACCAAGGAGAAUGCGAAGUGGACAAUGCUGACAUUCGUAUUGUCAAGGCAACUUUCUCCGAUAGAUCUUUGGAAAGCAAAAUGGUUUCGUAUUUCAUUAAUGAAUCAGACACCCCACUGUCCCAUAAUAAUUCUGAACCAAACUCAAGAGUGUUUAACAACAGUCAUGAUUGGUUGAAUUAUUAUUCGGCUUCGGAAUUCUCAUGGAUUGAUCCGGAUGAUUUCAUUGAACUUGAAAUGAAUGAGGUGCUUUCUCCUUAUCCCAAGAUAAAAGUGUUACCAUUUCUCAAUGUUCCAAAGUUCAGUUAUUUCAGAGACUUUAGCCUUCAAGAAGAUGGACUUUACCCUUUUGGGAACGAGGCAUCUCAUGAAUGUGCCAUGGGAGUGGAUGCUCCCGAAGUUGUACAACAUGAUAUUUGGAGUGAACGACUCAAGGAAAUAAAGUCAAAUGUCGACAGAAUCGAAAACCUGUUGCACAGAAUGACUACUAUUGAAAAUGCUCCAUAUAUUGCCAACCAUGAAUUGCAUAAUGAAAAUGUUUCAGCCCUUAAAGUUGAAUUGAACAUUGAAAAGGAAAAGUACGAUGUGGCUAAUUAUGUUAUGGAGUACUUUGAGAAGAAAGACGAGGUUGUGGAUUCCGAUGGAACUGGAGGAGGUUGUCAAUUAUCUCGGGUGGGAUCUAGUGCUUCAAGUAAAAAAUCAAUAGUUCUUUUGAAGGAUUUGGCAAGCUUAAACACUUCUGGAAGGGAGUUCCAUAAUCGGUUUGUUAUUCACAAUCUUAGGUUGAAAUUGGACAACAAAGUUAGAGAUGAGUUCAUGCUGUAUUUGAAGCUACAAAAGGAAAAGAAAACCCGUGGUUGUAUUUUAACAUGGAAGGCUGCCGAAUUGGUUAGCAAGGUUUUGUCUGAGCACGAUGAACGUCUUGGCUUUAUAAGUAUCGAAGAAGAAGAAGAAAAGGGAAACGCCAACACCUUGCUUUUCAACAAUAGCAUUAAUGGCGACUUGGAUACCCAGGUUUAUUCCCAUGAUAAUGAACUGCAAGAGAUUGAAAGGAAGUAUCAAGUUAAGUUAGUGCACCCACAAUUCCAGUUGAUAUCCGACAAAUCUCCAGACAGUUGUAUAUUGGUGACAGCCACAGAUUUGGAAUACAAUGGAGUUUCAGUAAAUGCUAAGGGUACUAGGACUAUCAUUGGAAGUGAUUUUUCAGGACUUGUUGAAAACAGAAGUAUUGUUCGAUUUAGUAAUUCACAUAUUUUUGGCUUUGAACGGAAAGAUGAGCAAUUGGAAGCUUCUAAUCCAUUCACAGGUACCAAGACUUGGCCUCCAUGGCUUGAUGCUGAAGUAUGUUACGAUAGUUCCUGGCAGAAGAAUGAAUUAUUAGCUGAAAGAAAUACAUUGGUGAUACUUACCAAAGAUCCUAAUGAUUUCUCCACUGAUAUGAGUAAUCUGCAGAAGCAAAUGUUAGUUGAUUUAUCCAAGAUUGUUCUCAAUGUUACUACUGAACAGUACACUGCUUUGUAUUAUAUUACUUUGGAUUUGUUACUUUCUUCUGAGGAUAAGAAGGAUAAAAUGAGUAAGAAGUUGGAAAAGCUUGUAUCGAUGUCUGAUAUUAGUGACUUUGAAGGUUUGGAUUCCCGAGUUCACAAAUUACAACGAAGCAUACGAGAAUAUAAACUACUCCUUUUGAAACUUAUUCAGCGGAUUACGCUGCCAACGAAUGAAGAUACACUAACACUUCUGAGAUUGGAGAUGGAAAUUGAACGUCGAACAUUAGAGCUUUCACUCAUCUUACGAGGUCUUAGAACCAGGUUCACCUCAAGAAAUAAAAGACAACAGAUUGUCAAUGUUCAUGCUGAUCAAGUUGUCUGGCAUCUUUUGGAUAGUCAAAGGGAACCAACUAUUGAUUUUGCAUUGGCUAAUAGUCAGUAUACCGUGCUUGAAGAUACCGAUGGGUCCAAGACCAGUGAAGUAUUCAUUGAGAUGGUUCAAGGAUUCAAUCUUGAGAAGAAUGCCUUAUUCCCGGAAAUGUUGAGUCCCUUCCUUUGUGAUUCCUGCGAUAAAAGGAAACCCAUUAUCUAUUCGAAAUGGAGAGAAUUGGAAGCCAUUGGGGGGAUCCCAAUCAUUGCCAAUUGUAAUAUGGAAAUCCAACCAUUGAAAAUACAAAUUGAUUAUGUCACUGCCAAAAAGCUCUUUGCAUAUUUGUUCCCCCAUGCUGAAACCAAUGGCAAUGAAACUAAUGGCGACAAUGAAGACGACUUUGUUGAUUUAUUUGAUCAAGAUUCAGGUAGUGGUGAAAGUCUGAGUAUUCACAGUUCUAGCACUACUGACUCAACCAAGAGAAGUAGUAGUAGCAAGAACCCAUUACGGAAGUUCAUUAAUAAGAGGCUAUCAAACUCAACAGGGUCCCAUUCUUCGUCUUCUACCUUAGUGGGUUCAUCCACUCCUACCGCGGGCCUGACAGAUUCGUUAACUUUAGGUCGUGGUUCGACUGGUGAAGCUAAAAGUGGUUUCAAAAGAGGAGGAAAGAAGACCAUUGAUAUGGAAGAUGAUGUGAGUACCAUUCUUGCUCGGUCUGCAAGGUUUACAUCUAUUCACAAGUUGGAACUUGCCAGUACUGUAAUCCAUAUGAGCUUCAGCGCUCCCAAGCUGCUUUCAAUCUUGGAUGUGCAUGGUCUUAGUCUCAAGAUUCCAGUGUUAAGCUACAAGAAUAAGCUUUGGGCUGGGGAAGACUUUGUGGUCCAACUUCGAAAGGAUAUCAUUAAGAUAUUGCUUUCCCACACGGGACGGAUUUUAGGAAACAAGUUUAAGAGAAAGAAGAAGCCUUCAAAGCAUACCUCAUCGUCUCCACUUAAUCAAAUAAAGAAUUAUGAUUCAUUUAUGACGGUUGAUGAUUUACAGAAGGAGGGAAGAUCAAGAGAUACUUCCAAGAACGACAACUUUGCCACUGAUGCUCAUCGUUUGUCGUUGAAGCUUCAGAAACCCAGACCUCAUCAACCUGCAGUCCAUUCACUGAAGACGGUGGAGGCCUUUAUGGACAAUGUAUGUGAAGGUGAAGAAAGCAAACAAGAAGAGUAA